UGUUUGUAUUUAUAUUAUAAUUUUUAAUGUUUUAUUUUCUUUCUUGAAGUUUCGCUUCAUAUUGAGUUGAUUGUUUCUUAAAUAUUUUAGAUGUUUGACUUUUAGUAUUAUCCUAUUAGCAUUUUAUUAAUCUUUACAACACUUAUUAAUCUAAAUCAUGGCCUCCAGUCAGCAAAUACCUGGUCUAGCCCAAAAGAAGGUGUUCAAAAUUAUUGUUUUAGGCGACUCCGGUGUAGGGAAGACAUGCCUUACCUAUCGCUUCUGUGAGGGACAAUUUUUGGAUAUAUCCGAAGCUACCAUUGGUGUAGAUUUUAGAGAGAGAACGAUACGUAUUGGAAAUGAGGAUAUUAAGUUGCAACUGUGGGACACGGCCGGCCAGGAGAGAUUUAGAAAGUCCAUGGUCCAGCACUACUACAGGAAUGUGCAUGCUGUGGUCAUAGUCUAUGAUGUUACAAAGCCUGAAACGUUUCAUUCAAUAGUGAGUUGGAUGGAUGAGGUGGAGUCCCACGGGCUGAUGAAGGCUCCCCGCGUCCUGGUGGGGAACAAGUGCGACUGUGGCACCGUAGAAUCCCGACUCGCCACUACAUACGCACAGCGGGCCGCCGACAAAUAUGGAAUGCCGUUGUUCGAGACAUCAGCUUUAUUGGAUUCUGAAUGUGACAAUGUGGAGUCUAUAUUUAUGACGUUAGCUCACAAGCUAUACUCCAAUCAACCCUUAAGGGUAGUCAGUGUUGAGGGUGAACAAAAUUACAAUGUGGUGACAUUGAAACGACAGAAGAAUAGGCACGGGAACGACAGCAGUUGUCUGUGUAGGUAAACAUGUAGUAUAUAAUGUACUAAACAAUAUAUAAA